AUGUACUGUUUUUCUACCACAGACAGACACGUCCCAACGGUUGUAAAUAGUCUUAACCGGAAGAAAACUGUGUCCAUCUCAUGUGGAGGGGAACACACUGCCACUUUAUCAAAGGGCGGCACAGUGUUCACAUUUGGAUCCGGAGGUUCUGGUCAGCUUGGGCACAACUCAUUUAGAGAUGAACAUCAUCCGCGGGUGGUUGCUGAACUGUGGGGAUCUGAAGUGUCACAGGUCACAUGUGGGAGACAUCACACACUCGUAUCAAUCACAUCGUCAAAGCUGAUCUACUCGUUUGGAUGUUGGAUCCAAGGGAAGUUGGGAAAUGGCAAAAUGAUCAAGAAGUUUGUGCCUUUCCCUGUGGAUCUGUCAACUAAAUGUAAUCAAGAAUAUGCGAUUGAAAAACUCGUUGCUGGGGAGAAUCAUUCCUUUGCCUUGUUUUUCAAAGAACUUGGGAAUGAGUCUGCAAUGUCUAAGCCCAAUCUUAGUAGAGGGAUUGUGACAUUAAAUGAGAGAAUGAUUGACCGCUGGGUGUCUGAAAGAGACUCAUGGGUAACGAUAAAGAGGGAAAUAACAAAAGUGUUCUCCUCUGCUGCCUGUUUGAAUGGAAGUUUUCUCAAAGCAAGUCAUGAUGAACAGGAUUUUGAGCUGGCUGAAAAAGCUUUUUCAAAGUUAUUAGGGAAUGAAAAGGUGAUAUCGAAGGUAGUGAAGGUGGUUGAACAGAUGCUGCGAUCUCUGAAUCCAUAUCCAGUUGGUGAGGAAUCGCUGAGACUUUACAUUCUCCUCCCUGAGCUCAUCAGACGUCUCCAGAAACAACGAAGAACUGAACUCACUGAAGCUCUGGCCUCCAAAAUCCUUCAGCUGGAUCCUGAUGCUCACAAGGUGUUAGAGAAGUACUGGUCCAAACUCCCUGAUGAUUGGCUCAAAAGCCUGGUGAAGUUAUUUCGUAAAGCAUCUGCUGAGCUGAUUGGCCAGAUUUCUCGUGGUAAAAUGAAUCAGGAUAUACAACACUUGGAGAAGUUUUUGAAGAUCCUUCAGAUGAUCUAUCAGGUCUGCUGCAGUGCCAACAGAGACAUCCCAAACAGGGAUUUCAUCAUUCAUGAGAUCAGUGAUCUACUAGACACGCUGCAAGCCACCAUGGAAUACCUGGAAGAGUGCAUUGAUUUCUAUGAUAUAGAUUUGAAAAGUUACUACAUUAGAACUAUUAAAAUAUUAUUCAAGUUCCCUUUUGCGGCUGAUACUGCAUCUAAAUGUAGAAUGUUUCGUUACCUGCGGGACGAAUGGAUACAGAGCGUUCCUGACAUAUAUAAUGACAAUACCAACAUGCUGCGCAUAAACAGGGAAUCAUUGUUGACGGACACACUUGAGUAUCUCAGACAAAACAUCCACUCAUUUUCCCAUCGAUUGGAGGUGACGUUCAUUGGGGAGAAUGGAAGAGAUAUGAGGGGUUUAUCGGCAGAAUUCUUCUCCCUCCUUUCCCAGUAUCUUCUGAAAUGGGAGAAGAAGGUGCUUGAAGUCCAUGAGAGUUCACUGGUUUGGUUCAAUCCUGAUGGCAUGCAAGCUAAGAGAGAUUUUUACUAUCUUGGCGUUAUCUGUGGAAUGGCGCUCUACAACCAUCAUUAUAUAAACAUUGGCUUCCCACUGGCCUUGUUCAAGAAACUCCUCCAGCAGAGUCCCACUCUGAAUGAUCUGGAGGAACUAUCUCCUGUGGAGGCCAGAAGUCUGAAAAGCCUUCUUGAGGAGGAUGAGGACGAGGUAGUGGAUAUGCUCUUUUUGGAUUUCACGGUCAAAGGGCAUGAGCUCAUUCCAAAUGGAAAUCAGAUUCCAGUGACCAGAGCUAAUAGACAGAAAUAUGUGGAUUUGUAUGUCGACUUCGUUUUCAACAAGUCAGUAAACAGUCAGUUCGAGCAUUUUUCAGAAGGUUUCUUUAAGGGCUGUCCGUUCGAUGCCUGGAGCAUGUUCCACCCUGAGGAACUCCAGGAGCUUCUCCACGGCUCCCCUAAAUACGAGUGGAAGGAGCUUCAGCAGUGUGCUUCCUAUGAAAAGUGCUCUGCCUCUGAUGAGCUCAUCAAGAACUUCUGGACUGUUUUAUCUGAGCUCUCUGAAGAGAACAAGAGGAAGUUUCUGAUUUUCUUGUAUGGGACGGACCGUGUACCUGUGGGAGGUUUCUCAAAGCGCUCUCUGAAGAUUUUACUGUCAGACUGUCCUGAUGCAGAAGACCGACUGCCAGAGGCCCAGACCUGUUUUGGCAGAUUAAUUCUUCCCAAAUACAGCGAUAUCAACACACUUCACAACAAGCUUAUACACGCAAUCAGCUUUUGUGAGGUUUUUGGACGAGAGUAAACUUCC